AUGGCCGACACAGACUACUUCCCCCUCCCCGCGGACGGCGGAGCUGGGCCUGAAAUCGACGGUAGCACCGCCGGUGCGGCCGGUCCCUCCAGCGGCGGGGUGGUGCUCUCCCAAGGCGCUAUGAUCGCCAUUAUAGUUGUGGUAGUCGUGGUAGCACUCGUUGGCAUCGCCAGUUCAGUCCUCUUCUUCGUCGCCAAGAAACGCGAGUGGACAGUCCGAGAAACGAUCAGGAGGUCGGCAAGGAAGGUGGUCACCGUUCUGACGCCGCGGCGAUCCGAGUUCCCCAAGUCCGUCAAGGAAGGCCGGAGCAGAAUGGACGACGUACCACCAACGCCGAGGAUCAAGCCCGAGUAUUUGGAUUUGGAGAAGGGGCUUGAUAAGCCCAAGAAGAAGCGCGCAAACUUCAGCCGCAAGUGA